CUCUAAUUUAAUUCCGAAAAUAUUUUACGCCACUUGCUAUCGUGAGAAACGGUCUAGUGUGAAAAUAGAACACAAUGGCUUCCUUAUGUAGACAAAUUCUUAGAGCAAAUGCAUUUAGAAGUGUUAUUUUACCCACAGCCAGGCGGGGAUAUGCCGACAAAAUGAUGCCCGAUCCAUUGGAACAUGCUACUGGCUUGGAAAGGAAGGAACUCCUGGCCCUUCAGGCGGGCAAUGAUGACCCCUUCAACAUGAAGGUAGUGAAGAAGUCAGCAGGAACCCGUGAAAACCCAACUCUGGUACCUUCCUGCUUUGAUGCUCGUAUUGUUGGAUGCAUUUGUGAAGAACACGCUACAGCCAUCACCUGGCUUUGGUUACACAAGGACCAACCGCGCCGUUGCGAGUGUGGACAUUGGUACAAAUUGAUUGAGAAGCCACUCCUUUAAACAACAAUUCUUUUAGUUUAUUAUCAAGUAGUGUUACAGCCGAAACAAAACGCAUCGUGGUUAUCACGGCUCAAAGCUUGUCUAUUGUUCGCAGUAAUACCACAAGUAAAUCGAGAUGCGUUAGUAUUCAACUUAAAGAAUCAAUACAUUAAAAGAUAAGCAAAUUUGAA